AUGUUCACUACUCAAAACCCAUUUAAGUUAGUAUCCCCCAGCAGCUUUCCCCCAUUGUUUUCACCAACACCCCACUUCUAUCUACCAUGUUCACCAUUCAAAACUCAUCUAAGCUUAGUGUUUGAAAGUCCAGUUUGGUCCGGUUUUUUGAUGCCCAGGGGUGUUAACCGUGACCGUAACCGGUCUGCUUUUUCCCCAGAAGUCAAAAGACCAGACCGGACUGCAAAAAGACCACAGACCACGGUCUUUUGCGGUCUAUAG